AUGGCCAAUCCAAUAACAAACAAACAACGCCAAGUCAUCACGCGUUGGCUUUACCUAAUCGGCUUUCUAGAUUUAUUUGGAGUAAGUGUUAUUAUACCAUUGGUAUCACAUCGCAUUCGAGAAUUGGGUGGUAAUGCUGCAAUCGCUGGAGUAUUCGGAUCUUUAUAUGGUGGACUUCAAUUAUUUUCCAGCCCAGUAGUUGGUAAUCUUAGCGAUUUACUAGGACGACGGCGUGUAAUAAUUAUAUGCCUUUUAUUUACCUCCGUUGGCUAUGCGUUACUUGGUUUUUCAAAUACUUUAGUGUUCAUGGCUUUAGCAAGAAUUCCUACAGGCAUUUUUAAGCAUAGUUCAUCAUUGGCUAAAGCCUACAUUUCAGAUAUCUACGAUCCUAAAGAACAACCUGGUAUAUUUGGAAAAUUUAACGCUAUCGCUAAUGCCGGCUUUAUCGUUGGUCCCUUGUGUGGAGGCCACUUAGCUAUGACUGACAAUGGCUUUUUAAAAGUUUCAUUACUUUCGUCGAGUAUUUUUUUUGCCAAUAGUUUGCUUGUAUAUAUGUUUUUUUCUACUCAAGAAUCUCACCAUGACGAAACGCUUAAUAUUGACCAAAAUGGAAAAGAUGAAUUGUUACUACAAGACGAUGAACAAGAUGAGCAACAAGGCUUACUUGCAAUUUUUCAUAAUCUUUGGAAACUUCCAUGGGGUAAAGUCUAUGGUAUAUUAACCAUUCGAUUUCUAAUGGCAAUGUCGGUUAUGUUUUUUCGUGGUAGUUUCUCCAUUUUCUUAGAAGAUCGAUAUCAUGCCAAUGCUAAAACAAUUGGUUACGUACUAUCCUAUAACGGGGUGAUAGGCGGAAUGAGUGGAUUUGUUGUUGGCAAGAUAUCUGCCUUAUACAAAGGUGACAGUGUGAAAGCGGUAUUACAUUGCGAUCUUGUAGUCGGUUUGGCAAUCCUCGGAUGUACCUUUUCAGAUAGUUUAUGGGUUUUUUGCCUUUGCCUACUGCCUUUAUCCAUUUCAUCAAACUUGGCGCGCGUUCAUUUUACUAGUAUUUUAGUUAGCAGUGGAAAGGGUAAGGAACAUGGUGCACUUAUUGGAGUUGGGCAAUCAACGCUAUCUUUAGGACGGAUGCUGUCACCUAGUAUUGUUGGAUUUCUACAAAUUAUAAAUGUAUUUUUACCAGGUAUAGUUGCAGUUCUUUUUAAUGUUGCAGCAGCUAUAUUUAUUGUAUUCUACAUGAAACCGAUAAAAGCUUCUAAACACGAAUAA